AGGCCACCAUGGACAGAGGCCAGUCCCUGCCCCUCCCUGGUGUCUUGGCUGCUUGGCUGGGCCCCGAAGGCAGAGGAGACUGUGUGAAUGUUGACAGGGUCCUUCCGGCCCCUCCAGAGCGAGGAGGACAUCCUGGCUCGAGACAGUUCCCAUCCAGAGCCUGCUCUGCGGGUGCACAGCCUCAGCCGGGCACGGCAGGCUGCUCAGGCUGUCUCCUCGCCCCGCUGGACUCCCUGAGGAGGUAAAGAGAGCGCCCCUGACUCUGGAUCCUCCCUUCAUUGUCCAGGGCCGUGAGGAGGAGAGCUGAGAUGCCCUGUAUCCAAGCCCAAUAUGGGACACCAGCACCAAGCCCGGGACUGCAUGACCACCUCGCUAGUGACCCCCUGACCACUGAGCUCAGCAAGCCCAUCAUGGACCUGGCCAGCCACGAGGCAGUCCCCGCUGCCCCCACCACCCUGCCCAGCUUCAGCACCUUCAUGGACAGCUACACCGGAGAGUUUGACACCUUCCUGUACCAGCUGCCAGGGACAGCCCAGCCAUGCUCCUCGGCCUCCUCCACAUCCUCGUCUUCCUCCUCAGCCACCUCUCCCGCCUCUGCUUCCUUCAAGUUCGAGGACUUCCAGGUGUACGGCUGCUACCCUGGCACCCUGAGCGGUCCACUAGACGAGACCCUGUCCUCCAGCGGCUCUGACUAUUACGGCAGCCCUUGUUCCGCUCCGUCACCGUCCACACCCAGCUUCCAGCCGCCCCAGCUCUCCCCCUGGGACGGCUCGUUUAGCCACUUCUCCCCCAGCCAGACUUACGAAGGCCUGCGGGCAUGGACAGAGCAGCUGCCCAAGGCUUCUGGGCCCCCACCACCUCCGGCCUUCUUUUCCUUCAGUCCUCCAGCUGGUCCCAGCCCCUGCCUGGCCCAGAGCUCCCUGAAGUUGUUCCCAUCAUCUUCGGCUGCCCACCAGCUGGGGGAAGGAGAGAGCUAUUCCAUGCAGCAGGCAGCUUUCCCCGGCUUGGCGCCCACCUCCCCGCACCUUGACAGCUCUGGGAUUUUGGACGCGCCCAUGACCUCGGCCAAGGCCCGCAACGGGGCUCCAGGUGGCAGUGAGGGCCGCUGUGCUGUUUGUGGGGACAACGCUUCGUGCCAGCAUUAUGGUGUCCGCACCUGCGAGGGCUGCAAAGGCUUCUUCAAGCGCACUGUGCAGAAAAGCGCCAAGUACAUCUGCCUGGCAAACAAGGACUGCCCUGUGGACAAGAGGCGGCGGAACCGCUGCCAAUUCUGCCGCUUCCAGAAGUGCCUGGCUGUGGGCAUGGUGAAGGAAGUUGUACGGACAGACAGCCUCAAGGGGCGACGGGGCCGGCUGCCUUCAAAACCCAAGCAGCCCCCAGAUGCCUCCCCUGCCAAUCUCCUCACAUCCCUUGUCCGGGCACACCUGGAUUCAGGGCCCAGUACUGCCAAGCUGGACUACUCCAAGUUCCAGGAGCUGGUGCUGCCCCGCUUUGGGAAGGAGGAUGCACGUGAUGUGCAGCAGUUCUACGACCUGCUCUCGGGUUCCCUGGACGUCAUCCGCAAGUGGGCCGAGAAGAUCCCCGGCUUUGCAGAGCUGACCCCAGGCGACCAGGACCUGCUGUUGGAGUCGGCCUUCCUGGAGCUCUUCAUCCUCCGCCUGGCCUACCGGUCGAAGCCCAGCGAGGGGAAGCUUAUCUUCUGCUCAGGCGUGGUGCUUCACAGGCUGCAGUGUGCCCGGGGCUUCGGCGACUGGAUAGACAGCAUUCUGGCCUUCUCGAUGUCCCUGCACAGCUUGGCUGUCGAUGUCCCUGCCUUUGCCUGCCUCUCUGCCCUUGUCCUCAUCACUGACCGGCAUGGGCUGCAGGAGCCACGGAGGGUAGAAGAGCUGCAGAACCGCAUCGCCAGCUGCCUGAAGGAGCACGUGGCUGCCGUGGCCGGAGAGCCGCAGCCAGCUAGCUGCCUGUCACGGCUACUGGGCAAACUGCCCGAGCUGCGGACCCUGUGCACCCAGGGCCUACAGCGCAUCUUCUACCUCAAGCUGGAGGACUUGGUGCCCCCUCCACCUAUCGUCGACAAGAUCUUUAUGGACACGCUGUCCUUCUGACCCCCGGCCCCGAACCUGCGUGCAAUGUGUGCGCACUCUUACGCCACCCCACGUGCCUUUAUCCCGCAGUCCACGGACCCCCAGAGCACCCUCCAGCCUGGGCUUGAGCUGAGACUGACCCACUGCCUCAACCUACUCCAGGAGGUCGACAGGGGGCUCAAGUCCAGGGCCAGGAGGUACAUUCAUGGGGGUGACCCCACUAUUUGUCUUACCCCCCAAAACCCAGCCCUGGCCUUCAUGUUUUUUGUAAGAUAAACCGUUUUUAACACAUGCCGCCCUGAUGUAAAUAAGCCAAAGCUGCUGUAAAUACAGGAAGGAAGAGGUUGAACUGGGGGGUUGGGAGGAAGGGAUGGGGCCCCACCAGCCUGGGCCAGCCUUUCCAGCCUCCUCCAGCCUGUGCUCCCUUCCCACCCUCCUUCCUCAUGUGUAUAGACUGUCACAAGGAAGAAGACAAAAUGACAGAUUCUGAUUUAUAUUUGUGUAUUUUUUCCUGGAUUUAUAGUAUGUGACUUUUCUGAUUAAUAUAUUUAAUAUAUUGAAUAAAAAAUAGACAUGUA